GAUCACCGGAAUCAGAAUACACUCAUAAUAAAUCCAGCCACAUAAAACUCAACUCAUAUGAGCUGUCUCUGCAUACUUUUUUUCAUUGCCACCACCUUCACGAAAACCUAGCCACUCCUUCACUUCCUCUACCUGCUAUCUCUGCAUUCAAAACACACCCUAAUUAAAACCCUUUAUUCAUCAUUCAUUUUCACACUCCAACUGUUUAAUUUUUUUCUCUCCUCUAUAUAUAGUUCCUUGGUUCCUUCUUAACACCCAAAUUUCAAUUCCUUGAAGCUACAUUAUUCGCACCCCCGAAUAGUUAUUUUCACAUCCUAAUGUUAUAGUUCCUUAAUUCCAUCUCAACGUACUAACAAAUCCGAAUUUCAAUCCCUUGAAGCUACAUUAUCUUCAAACAAAUCAUGACCUUCAGGUCCAAAACAUACUCUUCAAACUACGACGACUACAUUGGCUACGAGAGUUGCAUCGAUCUUCAACCUGAAAACAACGUUGUUAACAUUGAUCACAAUGCUCCUUCCGUGGACAAGAAGAUUAAGAACAUUAGAAAUAAGGGAAAAAACAAGGUGUUCCCUCCUCCUUUACACUUCCUAGCUCAAACUCAAAACCUUGCUUCUCACAUGCCAUGGGUGUUGAAAAGAUACUAUACUAAUGAGGGAAGGUUAAUCAUCAAAGAAGAGAAAGUGAAGCAUCAUGAGUAUUUUCAUGCACAUAGAGAAAACGGUAGACUCACCUUGCAACUUGUCCCGCUAGAUCAUGACGAUUAUGAUUUCAUGAGGACAAGUGCGGUAGAAGAAGAACAAGAGGAAGAGCAAGAGCAAGAGAAAGAGCAAGAAGAAGGAGAAGAAGAAGAAGAAGAUUUGGCAUCACCACCACCAACAAGUCCACAUGAAGUGAUUAAUAAUGUUCCUAUUGAUAAAAUUGUUGUUAUUAAUAAUGAUGGUUUUGAAGCAGAAGAAAAUAAGGACAACAAUCGAAACAAUGUUGGUGGUGGUGAGCUUGAUGUGGAAAAUGAGAAUGAGAUAGUAGGGAGUGCAAAUAGCAGGGUAAAUUGUUUGAAUUGCAACAGUGUGAUAUCUGCUCCUUCCGGUAUUUUUGGGGUAAUGCCAUUGCAACCUAUCAGAAGAGUUCGUGGCUGAUUGAUUAGGGAAACCAAUCUGUUAUUUCUAGUUAGUAAGACAAAGCAAUUUUCUAAUUAAGUUUGUAGACACUUUAAUGGCUAAGGAUUAAUUAAUGUAGUUCUUGGUCAUGUAGUUGAGUUUCUUAUUUUGUUCCCAUUCGCUAGUUAUAAUCGAUUUUGAUGUUAUCUUCCCAAUGUUAGUUUUGAAAAUAUUUACCUUGAAGGAUGUUUAAACUUUAAACACGGUUGUUAUUUCUCAAUUAUUCACUAAGUGUUAAAUA